GAAUCGCCGGCCGGACGGGUACCGGAUCUACCCCUCCGUCACACAUAAAUCAUAGAUAGGUACCUCUACAAUUGAGGACUCUUAUGGGCUGUCGGGCUGCUGCACUGUCCAGGGUCUGUUUGGUCUCAGUGGCAUCCGGCCGCAGGCCUCCAUCGUGGUCGCGUGCGACAAGGGGAGCCAACACUGACUGACUGUUGGGAGAACCUGUUUGGACCGGAGAUGUCGAAGGGGUCAAGUGCUAGAUAAUUACGACUUGGACCGCAUAAUUAUUCAGCGUGCCGAUUCUAAACGCUCGUUUCGAGCGAUAGCGAUCGUGAAUAGCUAAUGCACAUUUAGAAAAGUGAUCUCCGAGCAGCGCGAGUGUGUUGAUAUCUACUAUACCGUGCUUCAAUGAGAGGAUAGCACCAUGUAGCAGUUCAGUUGGGUGCAUGUGGGAACUGCGCGAGGGAUUCACUGAAAGCAGGUCAAGUCAACCUGCAAAUCUGCUUCUAAUUUUAUGCUUAGCUGCAGAUUGAAUGCUAAUUGUAUGCCGGCGAACCCUAUACUUUGCUAGCGCUAAAGUGGUGACAAGAUAAUGUAGUUGCAGUGCAGUAGUCGAAAGGCAUCGCGAUGCAAGGCUGACGGUGCCUCAUUUGCUGCCUUGAGAUGAGUGCAUAUCGAUAAUGAUGUGUUCAUUGUGAAAAUGAAGUGACGAACCGAUGAAACAAUGCAUUCGUUUGAAAGAAGAAUAAAAGGUAUUUGGUGUGCCUAAAUGAGAACAACGGAAAGCGAGACGAUUCAAACGAAAUUUGUUACCAAAACUGCAGGCUGAAUCAAUACUUUACCAACUAUAACAAUGCCUUACUUAUUGUAGUAGUAUGAUUGCUGCAUAGUCAUUCCCAUUGAAUUGGAGCUAUUAUUUGAUGUAUACACUGUGUAAAAAAGAUCCAUUGUUUAAUUAGUGCCACGAAUUCACAGAAAAGGCUGAAUAAAUGUACUAAUUUUGAGUGCAAUCGAUUGUAUCUACGCUUUGCUCAUUUCAAUUGGAGUUUGGAAAAGAUGCCUCUAGAUUGCUCCGGGAAUUAUUUUUGAGAUUCUUACAGAAACGUGUACCGAGAUAUUUCCAAGAAUUCCUGCAGGGAUUCACAUUGAAGUUUCUACUAAGUCUUUUCAGGUAUUCAGAAAUUCCUCCAGAGAUUUCAUCAAGUAUUCCCCCAAAAAUUUCUCCUUUAGUUCCUCCGGUAAUUCCGGCUGAGAUGCCUUCAACAAUUCCUGCCAGGACUACGUUAGGGGGUUGAUCCCUGCAACAAUUUCUUUAGAUUCAGGCUUUAGGGUGGCUACUCACGGUCCCAGUGUACCCAAGCAACAUACAUACAUAUGUAUGACAGAAGAGUCACGGCAGCGCAGGUUUUAGCUGCGUUGAAGUCACUGUGAUUUACCUCCAGCAAGUGUACUUAUUUGUUAGAAGUCACAGUGACUUCCGCCCAGCUUAAAUCUACGCUGCCGUGACACUUCUAUAACAUGUGGUAUCUUGGGUAUCAAAAAAAAAAAUCUGCUAGAUACUGGCUGAGCUUCUUGCUUUCCCAUAGCGUGGCGCCGUCAGCCACCAGUCAAGUUCGCGGUUGAACCACGUCACUUGGGCCGUACAGCGGAAAAUGUUUCGGUGUUAAUGCAUCUUGGUCUUCAUUGUCCAGCAGUACGUAGGUCAGCGAUCAUGAGUUGACGAUCGCUUCGCCUUCCAACACUGCAGUCUCCAAACCACUUCGCUGGGAUAACGAGGUUGCUCUGUGAUGGCUACGUCAGCUUUCUUCACAGAACGCACACUCCGUUCCCAAUAACCUUCCAUGUGAGGUGCAGAUGGGGGAUUGAAGUGUCAGCUCGUACUGGCAUUGGUGAAGGUCAUUGCGCAGUGUUCGUGGAUGACUUUCACCUGCUCCAUCAACAAUAGUCUACAGUACACCGGUGUGGCUGAACGCACGGAUGUGUGGUGCUUUGGAGGCGUGCCAUUGGCCACUAUCAGGGCGCGUGGUGUUGACUUCCGAAGCCUGCAGCUCUGGGAGGUCCGAACGACACGUUGGCAGUACCGUAUUGGAGGGCGCAACUUCAGGAUUCGAGACUGCUGCAGUGUUUCGUUGAACAUCGUUAACACUAACUUUAUUUUUCAUAUUGCUCAAGUACUCUUCGAAAAUAAAGAAAAAAAACCAGAUUAAUCCACCUAGUGGUGAUAGUGCCUUUCUCGUCGAACAUGUUAUCAUGAUCUUUCCUUGGGAUACGGCUGGGAUGAUUUUGCUUCAGAAUGUUGGCUUCAGCCUUUUGGGGGAAUUGAAAACACUAGUUUAUGAAUUUUUCCGACGUUUCGAUCUGUAUGGGGCCUUUUCAAGGGUUCAAUCGGUCAAGGUUUCCUAGUCAAGAUGGCCUUGCCUAACUUAAAAAUGUCAUACGAAAGUUUUGGUAUUUAUUGAGUCCGUUCGGUUUGAAACCGUCGUGAUGUGGACAAUCGCCUACCUACCGGGCGGUUUAGAAUUCGGUCCCUGUUUUUGGAAUCUUCUACUAUUGUUUGUUUAGCUAGUUUCUGUGAUAGGGCCAUCAUUCCGAAGCAUGAUCUUUCCGUCGACGUCAUGCUAACUGUUCCUGAAUCCCGAGAAUACCUUAUUUAGAAAAGCAAUAAUUUUAAUAAAAUUGGAAAAUUUAUUAAUUGAACAUAUUCCGACGUUACGUUAAACGUAUAGACUGGGCUGAAAAAUAUCAGAAUUUUCAGUUGACUGCUUGAGCACCUUCACUAUCACUGAAGACCGAUCAACAUCAAGACGAUAAUUGCAAGCUAGGAUAUAACGUCUUUCACAAUCACAGAUGGCUUUACGGCAGGCCUGCCCAACCUUUCGUGGCCACGGGCCACGAGUGAUGCUCCAUACCAGUCGACGGGCCAGACAUUAAAUUUCGACAUCAAAUUUCGAAAGCACGAAUGCAACAGUGAAAUUUGGUACAUCCGAUUACCCGUUCUCACGGCAAAUCACAACACUGACAUCAUUUGGGUCACAUAAAUGUGAGCAAGAAUUCUUGAUUUUUUGCAAAAAUCACCCUGAAUACUUUUUCUGAAUUUUGCCGAACUGCAGGUGCAGCAAACAAUUUGCUGAAAUUCAGCAAACUUCCCUGAUUCGUUCAGUAAACUCUGCUGUUCAGCAGCAACGUUUUUCUGAAAUUCAGUGAAUUUUGCUGAAAUUCUGCUUCAAAUUUGGCUGCACCUUUCAAAUUCACUACCUAUUUCGAGUUUAUUUUUAAUAUUAAAUUUUAUUUAAAUAUGAAAUAUCUUCAAAUAUUUCAAUCCUUGGGCCAAGUUUCAUUCAUCGAUUCCGCGGGCCGUAUGUUGGACAGCCCUGCUUUACGGUCUUCGACAUAGUUUUUUCUUCACACUUUAGGCUAUAUUUUAUUAUCAUAGGUUACAAAAUUCAUGUUAAAUUUGACAAAAAAUGCAAGCAAGUGAACUUGCCCAUACUAAAUCCCAUAAAAAAUUCCCAGUAGUUUUAGACGGAAAAGAGGAUUGAAAAAACUUUCUCCGGGGUUGAUGCGAUAAUUUUCUCAUAUAACGUUGACCUAUCCUACUGUAUAUUUUUACACCUCAGUGAUUUGAUGAGAUUGCUUUAGUACAGACAAACAGACAUAUCAUUUGAAACAUAUUGCUAUUAUAUUCAUCGUUACGAAAAAAUAAUCGUCAAAUGCUAAUCAGGUUGCGUUUCACUGCGGCUUGAUGUUGGUAGUGAGUAGACGUCAAACGAGCAACAACGAUUAAUAUUUGUUUCAACCGUUGAAAACAAGGACGAUGGAGAGUGAGUAGAGUAAGACGUCUGUAUGUAUGUGGCCUUCGUUCAGUCAAGAUUUUGUUUUCUUACACAUAUUUAUCGCUUGCAUUGACUUUGUUCAUUUUUGAAGUUCCUGCGAAGCACCCUAGGAGCAGCACCCAAUGCUGGUUUUGCAUCACUAUCGGUAGCCUCUAAUGUGGUCUGAGCCUAUUUUCUUGCUAAUCGUUCUUCAUGGUUUAAAAAAAGACCGCGGUUCGAUGUGUCGCAUGCAUAGGUUUGGUUCUUUUUGGCAUUUGGCCACUUCCGGCUGGACACCCUAGAUCGGUCCUGGAACACUAUCGGUAGCCUUUAUAAAGAUCUUCGUUGUGGUCUAUUUUCUGACUAAUCGUUCAUCACGUUAUUUAAAAAGCCGCUGUUUAAUGUGCCGCAGGCAUGUGUUUUGAUAUCUACUACAUUUGACCACUUCCAGCGGGACACCCGGAACCGGUUCCGGAACUCUAUCGGUUGAUCCAAAUAUGAUCUGAAACUAUUCUCUUUUAUUAACCGUUUAUCAGGUUGCCUGAAGAGCUUGCGAUUUGAUGCGCCGCAUGUAAGGGGUUGGUUAAUUUUUAUACUUGGCUACUUCCGGCGUGACAUCUGGAACCGGUUCCGGAACACUACCGGUUCAGAUAUGGUCCGAGAAUAUUUUCCUGCCUACUGUUCAUCAGGCUAUCGAAAAAGCCGCUGUUUGAUGUAUCGCAUGCAUGGGUUUGGUUCACUUUCAUAUUCAGCCACUUCCGGCGGAACACCCAGAACCGGUUCCGGAGUACUACCGGUUCAGAUAUGGACUGAGAAUGUUUUCCUGCCUACUGUUUAUCAGGUUAUCGAAAAAUCCGCUGUUUGAUGUGUCGCAUGAAGGGUUUGGUUCACUUUCAUAUUUGGCCACUUCCGGCGGGUCACUUGGAACCGGUUCCGGAACACUACCGGUUCAGAUAUGGCCCGAGACUAUUUUCCUGUUUACCGUUCAUCAUGUUUUCGAAAGUGCCGUGGUUUGAUGUGUCGCAUGAAUGGGUUUGUAGCGUUUUCAUAUCUGGCCCCUUCCUGGGGUACCGAUCCGGAACACCUAAAUGGCCAUAACUCCGGAACGGCUGGACCGAUCCGAACCAUUUUCAAUAGGAAACAAUGGGACCAGAUUCCGCGUCGAAUGAACCGUUGGUCAUUAAAAUCGGUUGAGGUUUACUGCCAAAAAGUGAUGUGAGUUUUUUUGUACACACACAUACACACACACAUACAUACACACACACACACAUACAUACACACACACAGACAUCACCUCAAUUCGUCGAGCUGAGUUGAUUGGUAUGUGACUCGACCCUCCGGGCCUUCUAUCAAAAAGUCAUUUUUGGAGUGAACAUAUAGCCUUUCCAGUACACUUAGUGUACGAGAAAGGCAAAAAAUGCUUAUCUCUCCGAGGGGCCUCCACAUCCGCUUGGGCCCCACAAUCCUUAAUCCGGGCCUGGUUGCACGGGAUACCCAUUCGACGACACGGGUCGCUUAACACCUUGAAUUGGUGUUAGUAGUCCUCCCAGACAACCAAGAAUCGCAUAAGGAUGCACGCUGUACAUCGUAUAAAGUAUUUUUUUUAAGUCACUAUCGCAUAUAUGUCCGACUGAGGGACAAUUUUCAUCGCAUAUGGUGUUAUUUUUUGAACUUACUGCGAUGUUUCCGGUAAAAUCAUAGAGUGCAAAUUAACUUUAUAAUGUAUGACUAUAUCGUAGUAGACGAUAUUCCGAUGUUUUGUUGCGACGAAAAUUGCUUAUUCGCAAAAGCGUUCGAGUUAACUCGCAAAGUGUCAAUUGAAUUCGCAUAAUUGCGUACUGCGAUGAUUAUACGACUUCGUUUGGUACUUGCCUAACAAUGUCAGUUUAAUCCGCAUUGGUGUACAAACUAAAUCGCAGAAAAGUGAAAAUAAACUCGUUCAAAUGUAUGUACAAUCUCGCAUAAGCUAGAAUCGUUAACGUUGGCAUUUUGCGAAGUGAUAGAAAGAGAUGCUGUUGGAGUGCCAAAAAGCUAUAAGAAAGUGAAAUGUCAUCACUAUGGUUACAAAACUAGUUACAAAAUCAUCAUUUUUGUUUUGUUGACCUGAUAAUUAACAAUGGGUGGUGCUAGCAAGAGAGGAGUAGUGGUAACUGUGCGGGAAAUCAUGCUACAUCAUUUUGAUCUCCAGAUAGCCUGCCGAACACGUACAGCGCACGGAAACCAAGUGCAUUCCAACAAGCACUGAGGUGAGUUAGAAUAGCAUGACAAUUAAUCAGUUUGUUUCAUAAGUGGUGUUUGGUGUUUAGUGUGAAGUGCGGCUCGAUAAUCCAUUGGUUAUUAGUUCGUUACUUAGGUGACAAAAUUUCUUUUAUUUCGAAUAUUUUUAAGUCGUAUAAGAUGCUAUAUUACGUCGCAAUACUGCAUAUCGUGCAUCGCAUAAGAUAUCGCUUCAAGUCAUUUAGCGUCAUUAUUUUUCCGUCAAUGCACGUGUAGCGCCUCCACUUUUGUACGCAUAAGGCACUUUUAAUGCAUCUUAUACGAUGCAACUUUACCGCAUAAAAGUACGUAUUGAUUAUACGUGUAAAUUGGUUGUCUGGGCUAUUAUUAGCCGGCGACUACGCGGUUGACUCGCAAGCGUGGGGGGGAGGUUUCAUCAGGCCCCGGGACUAUAAUCCCUGCUGCUCCACAUCCAAGCCUAUAGCGUCAGCAAAGAGGCAUAUUGCUACAGUCUGUGGUGAGUACGCAUAUCUAGGAAAGUUGUAUAUUCAUCACUGACAACAGCGUGAUAACUUUGUGAUAGCAGCGCUUCCACGAUGUUGUCACUUGUGUUGCCAUUCAAAAUUAUUGUUAAAUUCUCGGAUACUUUUCCAAAACGACGUAUCAACAUAGGAUUUGCGUGUAUUAUACGUCGUUACACAGUUUCGAUGUCUGUUUUCUGUGCCAAGGGGCCAAUAUAGCCACAACUGAAAAGGCAUGCACGCCCAUGGAAAUCCUGCAAGAUCAUGCUGGGGGUGACGAAUUGGAUUCCCAGUCGGUCCAGGAACCGAGGGGGGCGACAUGGCCCCCCUGCCCAGCAAUUUGAUUUCAAUAUCGAAAUUGCAACUGAAAUAAUCACACAUAUAUAGCACCAAAGAAAUCGUAUUCAAUGCACGAAACAGGCAUAUACAUACUAAAGUGGAGGCCAUAUCGGGACAUAUAUAUGAUUACUGCGAUUCCAUCCAACAUAAUUUACGAUUUCUCGAAAAAUUUCUACGAUUUCUCCGAUUUUAUCCGACUCAAGAUUUUCAAAUGGUCGGGGUUCUGCUAAACCGAACCAAAGACCAUUUUUUGAAAAAUUGAGUUUUCUUAACCAUUAGAUGAAGAAUAUGAUGAUCUUCUUUUCGUGUAAAAAUCCAGUAAUUCUGACAGCUCUUCGUGGUGUAAAUUCAAAAUUUCUGUUUGGCAGAACAUACAAAAAAUAAAAUUGCAUCCAACCAGAGUGAACUGUAAACCAUUCCAUAGAAUCAGCGAAAUAUUUUAGUUUUGGUCCAAAUGAUGAACAUUUCAAGUUUUCCUCAUUGCUGUCAGAUUUCUAACUUCUAACCGACUCAUAGUAACAAUCUGUGAGAGAAUUUAACACGUAAUCAAAAAUACGGGUGUUGGAGGAUCGAUUUGGAUUUCGAUGGCGUUGAUCGCCAUUUUUCCAAAUCACAGCCAGCCAGACCGAACCAAAUCCACUGCAUUUAAAAAUCAAUUUAUUCUCAACAAUACAAAGAUGAACUGGCUUUGAAUACAUGCGUUAUGUUGAUACACCUCAUACUGAUUAUUUAACCCAGGAGCCGUCAUUGAACAACAAGGCUAAUAAGAAUAUAAAAGCUUGAAAAAAAUCAAACACUUGGUUCGCUUUGGCUGAUCGAAAAAUGGCGUUUUCACGAAAACCAUGCUAGAGAAGAAUGUUUAGAACUUGAUUCAGACUUAACAACUGACCUUCAGCUAAGUAAGAUGACCUAGAGGUAACGUGCUUGGUUAUCACUCAAAGGACCCAAGUUCGAAUCUCUUUAAUAUUUUCGAAUUUUUUUUUUGUCUUAGUUCACUUUGGCAGAUCAUUUUCAUGGUUUUCUUCGACCAGUAUAAAUUUGAAGUACACAAAUUGCUCCAUUUUCACAUCUCAGGACCUCAGGACAUGCAAGGACAUCAUUUGACAUAAUCACUCUUGUUCUGUGCCUGCACAUGCACCGCCUAUAAAAAAACAUAGAUGGGAAGGGCUGAGCUGGGAGGGCUUCCGCCGUUUACAUUUCACACUAAUAUGGUAGCACAAAGGUCUCAAUGCUACCAUAUUACGCGUCCUAUCUGAUUCAUGUAAAGGAUUGUGAGUGAUAUCGAUUUCAACUUCAUAGACACUGAAAAAUCGAGAUUUUUUUAUCACAUUCCGACUGGUUUUCUCUGAAACAAAGAAACACAGUCAGCCACACUGAACUAUAAACCAUAUUCCAAUGUUUUUGUUCAGCCAGAGUGAACUGAGUGCAAAGUACUGAGAAAUUAAAUGGUAUUAUAUCAAUGAUUUUAAAUAAUUUACAUGUUUUCUUCAUCUCUGAUGGUUAAUAAAGGCUUGUAAGUUACAUGUGUGCGAAAAAGUUUCAAAUAAUCUUAGCUGUUGUUUAUUUCUGAGUGGUUGAACUUGAAUCUUAAUUAUCUCGGAAUAAACUUUUUGGCGCUUAGUUCGGUUUAGCAGAACCCCGGCCAAAUAAAAAAAAACAAAUGGUGUUCAAUGGGAAUCAAACUUAGGUCCUUUGAUUGAGAGCUGCGCGUUAUCUCUAUUGGCUAUAUUGCCAAGUUGAAAAUGGAGAGUUCAAAGUGAAUGGCAUGAAACGAAUAAAAAUUAGCAUGAUACGGUGCGUGACUUGUGGUGGGAGCGUUGUUGUUGUGCAUUGAAUGGCACCAAAAGUGGUGCCGUGCAAGGGGCCGGAAGUCACAUCGUUGUUGGAAUCUAUACAUCACUUAUUGUAAGUCAUCUGCUAGUAUGAAAACCUAUAUAUUUGGUUGAAAUUAUUGCACCAUGGUUGGAAUGUGUCAACAACAACAAAAACACAAAUUUGUGAUGAAUACUAUUUUUUCUUUUUCUCCAUCAUACAAAUAUGUAAACAGAACCAUUUACGAUUUCCGAGAUCAAGAUUCGACUAUUAAAAGUGCAGUAACAAUCAUAUGCGACUGUAAAAAUGAAUAUACGAUUUCAUUCAUUUCGUAUACGACGCAAGUGUGACGCAAACGAUCAAUAUACAACAUUGUUAUAGUUGAAUACGAUUUCACCGAUUUUCAUCAUACCUUUAGGUAGCAAACUCGAUUUAUCAGAUUCAUAUACGAUGUGAAGCGACGAUUUCUACGAUUCAAAGAAAUCAUAUAUACGAUGCUAGCGAACUUGCAGCUUGACACUAAGAAUUUAUGUUUUUUUCAUGAUUCUAUCCGAUUUUAUGCGAUCCUACCGAUAGUAUCUCGCACCUUUUAUGAUCGGAGACGACUAUAUGAAACAAAAUCGCAAUUGAAAUUUAAUUUGGCAUGAAAUGCGAUUUUUCGCAAUCAUUGUCAACAAAUAUACAUAUUAUUAUACAAUUCUGAUUCAAUAUAUGAAAACAUACGAUUUUUUCCACACAAUGAUUUACGAUAUGUGGUUGGCUGGGUGGAGAAUGGAUUAAGGCGAAACUGGAAGCAUUUCCUCACUUUUUGGUUUUUGAUUUUUUAUUAAAUAACGAAGCAAUAUUUUCAAAAUCGGUUUUCGUGCACAUGUAGAGUAUGGAUCAAGGUAUCUUCUGAAUUUUUUUGAGGUGGAAAAUGUUUUCCAUUUUGCAGAAACCAUUUUUUUGUGAAAUUUUAUUCAAAAAAGGUUUCUGCAAAAACGAAAAACAUUUUCCACCACAAAAAAAAUCAGAAGAUACCUUGAUCCAUACUCUACAUGUGCACGAAAACCGAUUUUGAAAAUAUUGCUUCGUUAUUUAAUAAAAAAUCAAAAACCAAAAAGUGAGGAAAUGCUUCCAGUUUCGCCUUAACUGGAGAAAGCUCAUGUUAAUAAUUAUGGAAGUGCUCAUAGAACACUUAGCUGAGAAACAGGCUUUGUCUCAGCGAUGACAAUAUAUAAGUCCGUGCCAAGAGGAUUUCAUUAGAAUAGGUUUCAUUUAAAAUUCUCAAUUUUUUUGCCAGAGAAUUUCAAAGGAACUUAGUUUUCUGCUUUCUGGUCGCCCAGAAUCAUAUAAAAAAUAUAAUGGCAUUCGUAAAAAAAAGUGUUUCUUUGCGCUUGUUAUGCUAUAUUUAUUGCAUCCAUGAUACGACACAUGAUAAGCGUGCGCAGAUGACCACGCGAGAAAAUCAUUGACCUGCUUCGAACAACAGAUCAUAAAGCUGUGAAAUAAAACCAUAAUUUGGUGCCAUCAAGUAUAGGUACACAUGGAGCUCCUUCGUGCUGGAUGGACCGGUUUUACGAUCCAGCAGCACAAAAAUACUAUAUGACGAGGGUCCUCUUUGCUGGACACUGACUGUUGCUUGUGUGUGGAUUCUGUUGCGGCAUUCAGGAGGCAAGUUCCGUUGCACAACAACGUUUCUGUUGAUGCAGGUUAUUUUAUUUUACAGUUCACCGCACAGACAGCAAUUCCGUAGGUAAAAUGCUAGUUGAUGUCCUUGAGCUCGCAGCCAUCUGCAUCAGGAUCAAUCGUGGAAUAAAAUAAAUGUAAAGUUGAACGUGCGGUCCAAUACGUUAAUAAGUGUAACUUGAUUCUGAUUGGAUGACCACGAUGAUGAUUCAUUGCCAACAGGGUCACAUUAUCAGAUGGUCGAUUCGUACCGCUCUUUGUUAGCAUAUUGUAUGGGAGUUUUUAUUAUCUUUAUGUGUCUUGAUACGCAACAUGCUUGUAGUAAUAACGACAGAAUCCAAAGAAUAUUGAAUAAGUUCCUACAUAGUACCGAUUAAUUCGUGUCAGCUACUUGGUGUGCAGUAAUAAAAUAGCAAAUAAAGUUCUUGUUAAGCCGCAUCACGACGAGAUUGUCGUUAAGAUUUGCGUUGGCGAGUUAUUGUGAGUGGUUUGGAUAUCAUCGGCUUGCAACAAGUUCAUCGAAAUACUUUUACUUUUAGUUUGAAGCAAUUUUGAGACGGCGGCCCAACGAAACAAGUAACGUUGAAUGUAUGAGGUGUCAUACAGAUAGGCUAAUCUCAUAUUGAAAACAUCUUCCUUGUUCAACGGUCAUAUGAGCAAGGACAUGAGACCAUUGACCAUGGUAUUGCGCUUACAUUAAGAAGUUUGAUUAUUUAGCUACUAGUUAGUUCAUGAUUUCAGGAGAAAAUGCAGUAUUAACAUGACCGUCACACCAUGGCAAACGUGGACAAUCAAUGCUAGAACAACCAAAUCUACUCAGGUAUCCCUUCAGAAGAUCCCAUUCAAGAGUUUCUUCUGCGAUUGUAUCUAGUAUACCUCCAGUAGUUCUUUCCGGGUUCUAGUCUAUUCUAGUCUAGUCUACACAUACACAGCCACUCAUUGAAAGAAUCCUGGAAAUCGACUACUUCCCCCAUUUUUCUUGUCAUUAUUAAUGCAUGCCGAGCAUCGGAGAUACAUGGCAAGCAUUAAAGCGGCUAGGCUUACUGUGCAUCGUAAUUGGGCAUUACUGUGAGAAACCGUUCGUUCCGUGAAAAUUGGGACUAUGUACAACUACGUUGGGAGUGACUUUGCUGAGAAACUUAAUGUCACUCCAUGUCCUCUGGAUUCCUAGAACGGGGCAAAUGCCAUAUGCCCUGGCUCUCAAGCCUAGGCUUAAAACAGGUUCAAAUAAACCCCUCAGAAAUCCCCCUGGAUUUCUCCUGCGAUUCCUAAAGAAGUUUCAUCUGGGAAUCCUUUGGGAACUUUUAACAGCAUCCUUUCCGAGGUUCCUCCAGUCAUUUCUUCUGAGAUAUCCCCAAAAUUCUUCGUUAGAUUUCUGCAGAUUUCUCAGGGAUUCUUCCAGGGCUUUAUUAAGAAUGACUACAAAAAUAUCCUCUGGGGUUCUUGCAAGAUAUUCCUUAGGAAUAUCUUUGGAACUUUUUUCUUGGAUAUUCUGAAGGAAUUUUAAUAGAAAUGUGUCUCAGGAUGGUGGUAAUUCUGGACUAUUGGUGAAAAUUUAUAAGGAGCUCAAAGAAGAAUUCCACAAAGAAUUCCUGAAUCUUUUUCAUUAACAUUGCCAAAUGAAACUCUUGAAGAAAUUCUGCAAUAAACUCCUUGAAGAUUUCCGUUAGUAACAUUCCUAAAUGAACUUCUGGAGGAGUCCCAGUACUUAGUAGGAACCCCUGGUUAAUUUCAAUCGCCUGUAGGAAUUUCAGAAGGAAUUCCAGGAGCAACUCGGGAGAGCACUCUGGAAGAAUCCCAAAAGGAACAUCUGGAGAAAUCCCAGAAGAGCUCUAGUAGAAAUCUCAGAAUAUGGAAUCUUCAUAUGGAGAAAUCGUGGAAGGAACUCCUUGCAGAAUUCCUGAAAGAACUUUUUAGAAACCCCGGAGGGAUUUCCUAAUUGGAUCAUUAAGGGAGUUGCUGGAGAAAUCGUAGAAGGAAUCCCUUAAAAAGUUCCUAAAGGGGCUUCAGAAAGGACUCUUCGGGGCAUCCCGGAAGGAACCAUUUUAGGACUCUAAGAAGAUUCCUGUAACUCCCGGAAGAAUCCCAGAGGUAACUUUUAAAGAAAUCAUGAACGAACCUCAAGAAGAAUCUUAGAAGCUCACCGAGGAAACCUAGAAAACCUGGAAAAUCCCAGAGGGAACUUUUAAAGGAAUUCUGAAUAUACCCCGGCAAGAAUCUCAGAAGAAGCUCUCUAAGGAAUCAGAGCAGGAACUCCCGGGGAGCCCUGGAACAAAUUUCUGCCGAAAACAACGAAUUCCGGGAGGGAUUUUUUUUGGAGGAAUCUUAACAGAAAUUCCUGGAGAAAUAUAUCGAAAGAAUUCAAGGGUGAAUGCCAAAAAAACACUGAAAAAAGAACCAGUUAAGGAAUUUUUAAGGAAAUUGCUGGAUUAAUCCCAAAGGGAACUUCUGAAGAAUUCCUAAUUACCCCGGGAGCGGUCGUGUCGUGUACUGAGUACACACACAAUGAAAAAAGCACACUUGUGGUACACAGCGUGAGCGUGGUGUCGCUGAGGGAGGCCAAAGACGCGACUGCUCGGCGGUUAAACCCAUCGAAGAAUCGCCGCCACACACCGUUCUCCUGCCGCUCGAUCACUUCGAGUGCUUGCAUGUCCUCCUCUAGCAUAGUCCAGGUCUCGUGCUUGUAGAGAACCACGGGUCUUAUCAGCGUUUUAUACAUGGUGCAUUUGGAGCGAUGGUGAAUCUUUUUUGACCACAGAUUCUUGUGGAGCCCAUAGUAUGCCCGAAUUCCAUUGAUGAUGCGCCUUCGUGUUUCGCGGCUAACGUUGUUGGGUGCUGUUAAUAAGGACCCGAGGUAGACGAAGUCUUCCACUACCUCGAAAGUGCCCCAGUCUAUCGUAACACUGCUGCUUAGGCUUGUCCUGUCGUUCGUGGUUCCGCCUGCCAGCAUGUACUUCGUUUUCGAUGCAUUCACCGUGAGUUCGACCUUCACUGCUUCAAAAUGUUCUAUCAAUAAUAUCCAUGUCAUUCGCAAAACAGACAAAUUGGCCGGUUUUCGUGAAAAUCGUGCCUCGGCUGUUUAGCACGGCUCGUCGCAUAACACCUUCCUGGCGAUACUGAACAGCAGACAUGAGAGUUGCCGCAGUCCCCGGCGAGAUUCGAACAAGCAAGACAGAUCUGUGCCCGAAACCCUAACGCAGUUUCUUACACCUUCCAUCGCCGCUUUGAUCAAUCUAAUGAGCUUCCCGGAAAAGCCGUUCUCGUCCACGACUUUCCAUAGCUCUCUUCGGUCAAUACUGUCGUACGCCGCCUUGAAGUCGAUGAACAGGUGGUACGUUGGGGCCUGGUAUUCUCAGAAUUUAAAGGAUUUGCCGCACGGUGAAGAUUUGGUCCGUUGUUGAGCGGCCGUCAACGAAGCCAGCUUGAUAACUUCCCACAAACUCAUUAACUUUGGAUGAAAGACGGCGGAAGAUGAUCUGGGAUAUCACUUUGUAAGCGGCAUUCAGAAUUAUGAUCGCUUGAAAGCUUUCGCACUCCAACUUGUCACCUUUCUUGUAGAUUGGGCAAAUGACCCCUUCCUUCCACUCCUCCGGUAGCUGUUCGGUCUCCCAGACCCGGAUUACUAGUCGGUAAGACAAGUGGCCAACUUUUCCGGGUCCAUCUUGACGAGUUCAGCUCCGGUACUAUCCUUACCAGUUGACUUAUUGUUCUUGAGCUGUUGGAGCUGUUGGAACUUUGGAGUAAUGGCAAACAACUUUGAUAAAACAUAUUGACUUAUUUUUUGCAAUACCUUCAAACUAGACCUGGGUAGUUCUAUUAUUUAAGCAAAUCAAAAAAUAAAUAAAACAAAAAGACAUUUCACACCGCCUUCAGCCAGAGGCUGCACAGUACUAUGGGACUCGCUUGUAUGGAAAAAAUAAAUCCUCACUCCAGUCGACUUUUCGGAUUCCAUUUAGGUCCCAUAUGAACUGUACAAAAUUUCAGCGCAAUCAGUUCUCAGGCUUUUCGGGCCCGUAUGAAGUUGAUCACCAAUAUCAACUUCUUUUCCCGAUCAGCCUAGAUAGCUGUGUAGUGUCGGUAGCGGUUAGUUCAACUGGCUAAGAAUAGCACUACGGACCGCCUGUUCCAGUGGUAGGAAUCCACUAAUCAGGUGACCCCUAAUUCAUGGUGUUAUGCGGCUUUACGCUUACCGUGCCUAGGAAUGAAUGGUUAGGGGGGUCUUAUAAAAACCUAAUCGCAAACGGAGCCUGUGGAGUACCAGGGCACCCUCCACAGUAUUUGCCCUUACUGUGCUAACCGGAGCAAUAGCGCGGUGGACCAUGGGUUUCUCCGAGACAAUCAGCUGCCCUUCUUCAAUCUCUUACUUGAGGCUGAAUAAGGGCGGGAUUAUGAAGAUGUUAUUAAUUAGUUUAGAUUUUCACCUAUAUGGUUUCGCAUUAUGCGUUUUAUAACCCGUAACGUGGGUAGAUCACCUUGGAAUGGUGCGUUACGGUGUAAGAUCUACCAUUUCAAGUUUUGAUCUUGCUAUUUUCCAGCCUGGUUUAUUUAAAUGCAGGAACAUUCCAGGAUCAAGAUUUGGUGUACUUUUUUACACUAUUUAUUUAUUUAUUUAUUUAUUUUAUUCUAUUUACUUUUCAUUGCUAAUAUACUAUUUGUUUCAGAGGGAUGGAGGUAAAUUUAAACUAUAUAUAAAUAACAAUUUACAAAAAUAUAACAGUGGAGAACGUAUCACAAUUUAAUACUUUUUUCUAUUUCAGAUUUACAAGCAGGCAAUCAGCGAUCAAAACGGCAAAGUAUCUCUUUCUUUAGAAAGGUCAAGAUUACCGUACGAUACAGUGACAAGUAGACCACGUUUUCCGCGUCGAUUUAUUCGUGCCGAGUUCCAUAAUUUCGAUAUCUUUUACGAACAUUUACGAUAAUGUAUUUCUGUUCAUCACACCUUCAACUUAUAUUACGCGUUGCGAACAUUCGCGGAUAAUAAAUAUGUACAACGGUUUUAUUAUCCCCAAUCUUAUUAACACGGGAACGCGAAAAAAAAGUAAUACAAGAACAUAGAUAAAACUCAAAAGCAACGAUUCUAGUUGUUUAGUUGUCCAGUUUACUCGUAAAGCUACGGUGCGGGUUUUGGUUUUUCAGCAUUGGCAGUAACACUAAACGGAGUUGCAUACAGUUUAUAUUCUGACUGAGAAACGAUAAGCUUAAAACGUGCGUUAUUACGAGUGGAUCCGACAUAAGCGUGGUUUAAAAAAUAUUCAUACCCGGUAUACAAUUAAAUUUAAUACACAAACAUACAAUAAAAUUAUUGUAUUCUUCCGACAGCCGGCUGGCGGAAGACUAAACCAUAUCAAGGGUUGCAUAGCUCACAUCAUUUACCAAUGUGAAUCCAGAUCUAUGUAACUUUCUAUCCCUUCCCUUCCUUUGUAAUAAACUUCCUUCCUGUGACAACCGUGGGGAUGCGGAGGUACACACGGUCCCUAGUAGCAACGGAUGUCACACCAACAUUCCUUCCCUUCCCCGAUGACCGUAAGGACGUGGCCGGCGCCGGUACUGACAAUAUAAAGUUUUGAACCUUCAAAAUUGCACAUUGAGGAUGGAAAGCUACACCCAGGCCCCAUCCAUUUGGUUCCCUGUGCAAUGUUGACUGUUCUGGUCAGUAACGGAGUAGCAACUACGAAUUGUACGGUCAUCUCAUGCUCAUGCUCAUGCUCUAUAUGGUUUCGCAUUAUGCGUUUUACACAGUGUAUUCUGUGCAUCCUCGCCUUUGGCGCACUCAUAUCGAUACCGAUCUGGCUUUAUUGUUGCUGUUCUUUUUUGUGCUGUGAUUGUUAAGAGUUUAAUCUUGCCUAGUUUGGGUAGCGGCUACGGUUAGGAUAGCUCAGAUCAAUCUUCAGCACAAAAGAACAGCAACGAUCAAUCUUUGUAGACUUAUGCAAAAUGGUACAGCCCAAGUGGCGUUGGUCCAAGAACCUUACUUUCGUAAGGGGAAUUUCUAUUUAGGAAACCUUGUGAAUCCAGUGUUUGCUACUUUCAGUAAAAAUGAAAUGGCAAACUCACGUGUCAUGCCUCGAGCAUGUGUGCUUGUCAACAACGCAAUCGUUGCUACACUCAUCUCUGAACUAACUACCAGAGAUGUAUGUGCUAUCACAAUAGAUGUAUCUGUUGGAAACCUCAACAGGAAAUACGUUUAUUGUUCGGUUUAUUUACCGCAUGAUGAACCAUCCCCUACGGAUGCUUUCAAACAAGUCAUUGCAUACUGCACUACAAAAGGCCUUCCGCUAAUUGUUGGUAGUGAUGCUAAUGCUCACCAUAUAAUCUGGGGCAGCUCAGACAUCAAUUUGAGAGGCUCCAGUUUGAUGGAAUACUUAAGUAGUACAGAUCUUGGAUUACUUAACAUAGGCAACCGCCCAACCUUCAUGGUAUCUGGUAGAGAGGAAGUGUUAGACAUAACGCUUUGCUCUAGCAGAAUUAGUCAUGAGCUGACCAAUUGGCAUGUAUCAGAUGAAGAAUCUUUAUCUGACCAUCGUUACAUCUUGUUUGAACAUGUGAAUGUUACUUCGCAAACUUUGCGUUUCAGGAAUCCCCGGUCAACAAACUGGGAUCUCUUUACCGAUCUGGUUGCAGCCAAAUUUCAUGGAUACUCACCAUCAAUUGACACUCCAAGUGAUUUAGAUGAUGCCGUUGAUACUACAACGACCUUCAUCAUGGAAGCUUUUGAAGAAGCAUGCCCUCUACGGUCUGUGAAGAUCACAAGAGGAACCCCUUGGAGGAACUCUGAUCUGGCGAAACUCAGGAAACAAUGUAGAAAGAGUUGGAACAGACGACGUUCAGCUGGUUCGGAGGCUUUCAGGUCGGCUCGCAAGGCCUACAGGAAAUCUCUCCGGUCUGCUGAACGAUCCGGCUGAAAAAACCUUUGUACAAAUGUUUCCAGUUUGAGUGAAGUCAGUCGGUUAAAUAAAAUCCUUGCGAAAUCUAAAGAUUUCCGAGUGAACGAACUUCGUUUGCCAAAUGGCGAUCUGACUUCCUCUGAUGAGGAAGUUCUGGAAUGCUUAUUCAGCCAGCACACACUUCCCUGGAUGUGUGGAUAUUACAUCUUCGGAUGAACCUGAUGUCUUUUCCUGUAGUUACGAUUCCCUGGCUUCGGCUCGGAGUAUUGUAACUAUAGAAUCGAUAGAGUGGGCACUUAAUAGCUUUGCUCCUUUCAAAUCUCCUGGGGCAGAUGGGAUUUAUCCUAUUUUGCUUCAGAAGGGAUUUGAUCAUUUCAAACAUGUUUUGAAAAAAAGACUUCACGCAGAAAAAUAUAUUGUAAAGGCAAAAGUAUUCUGAAUAGAUUCAACAAAUUUUAUUAUUGACUCAGGGCUUACCGGCAAUUUUUUUUGAAUCAAUGAUUUCGCUUAUUUACUUCAAAAAAUAGAAUUGUUGUUUCUAAAAUCGUUUGUAAAUUGACAACUGUCAACAAUAAAUGAUAAAUUUUGUUGAAACAAAAAAUCAAAUUCGUUGAACCAACAAACGCAAUGUAUUGAUGUAACUGUAGCAAUCGCAUUGGAACUAAAAUGCAUUAUUGAUGAUUUUUUGUUAUUAAAAAAAGAAAUACAAUAGUUUUCAUUCACGAUAUUUAUUGUUUAAAUUUGCAACUUCAUAGAUAUAGAAUGCAACACACAUCGAGGAAACACAUUUUUGGAAACGCUGCAGGAAAUCGAUGCAAUUCUUUCUAGCCUGCUCGUCCUUAUUGCUGAGUUUCUGAUUACAGUAACGUACUAUAAGAAAGAAAAACAUUAAUCAUUUCCAAGGUCGUUUCGCAUGUUUAGCAUUUGUUAGAAAAUUACCGUCAGCAAUAAUCAAUUCUGAAUCAAUCAUUCGCAGAUUCGUUCCUCCAGAAAUGAACUCUUUCUUCAUGCAUUGUGGUGAGCUGAAAUAUGAUUAAAUAUGGAUACAAAUCGACAAAUAAUACAAACUUCAUAGACUUACCUUAAAAAGUAAUGAUAAUACUCGCAACAAACCUUGUCAGAUUAGGUAAUUGAAGUAAAUGAAGCAAAAAAUCACAGUAGAUUUAUAAUCAAGUUAACUUUUCUUCGUGAUUUCGCAAUGGCUUUUCUCUGUUUGCCAUGUAGACAAGGCAUUAAGGUUGUCGUCAUUGGACCAAACAUAAUUGUUGAUUCUACAAAAUCCAAUUAUAUAAACAACAAUAAUUUUCAAUUGUAAUAAAACUCGAAAAGUAAUGUUUCAUUCAAUUCAAAAAUUUGUUGAUUUGAAAAAUAUGUUGCAUUGAAGUGAAAAAAUAGGUGGAUUGAUUCAAUAUACACAAACUUGGUUGAUUCUAAUCAUUAGGUUUUUUAUUUCUACUAAGCAAAAUUUGUCUGCAUGUUGUUUGCAGUUUUGCUACAGGGUAUAUUCCCAAAUCCUGGCGGGAUAUUACUGAAAAGUUUAUUCCGUAAGUGGGUCGUGCGUCUUACGAAGAAGCAAAGAGUUUCAGACCUAUCAGUUUGACCUCUUUUCUUCUGAAAUGCUUAGAACGCAUUGUGGAUCAUCACAUCCGUGAUGUUCAUCUGGCCAACGUGCCUCUUCAUGUGAACCAACAUGCCUACCAAUCUGGUGAGUCCACUGUGACUCUCUUACACAAGGUUGUUUACGAUAUCGAAAAGCAUUCGCUCAAAAGCAAUCUUGUUUGGGUGUUUUCUUAGACAUCAAGGGUGCCUUUGACAAUGUGCCUUUCGAUGCCAUAUUGGAAGCCGCACGGAGUCAUGGUAUAUCUCCAAUGAUUUCCAAUUGGAUUCAUCAAAUACUCAAAAACCGAUAUCUCUUCUCGACAUUGCGUCUAGCAGGGAUUAGGAAAUUGAGUGUUUGUGGAUGCCCCCAAGAGAGAGUCUUGUCACCGCUUUUGUGGAAUCUCGUAGGAGAUACGCUAUUGAGGCAACUCAAUAAUAGCGGUUUUCCUACUUAUGGUUUUGCCGACGACUACCUAGCAUUGUUAUUUGGUAUGUGUAUCACCACCCUUUUCGACCUGAUGCAAAGCGCCCUUCAGGUAGUUGAGGGUUGGUGUUGCCAAUACGACCUUUCGGUUAAGGGCGGACGGGACGGUCGGGGAAAUAUCCGCCAUUGCUCUGUUGCUACUAAGAUGGUAAUCUCAGAUUCUACUUCAUAUUUUGCAACAAAAACCUAUCACUGUGUAUGCUCACUUGCAGUGCAUAUGCUGAUUGUUUUUCAGCAUCUUCAGUGCGAUAGAACUCAAGAUUACCAUCUUCAAAAUCGCAAGGCAAAUUGUUAGAAAGAGAGGCAAGAUAGGAAAAAUAACACGGCGUCCCGUUUCACCUUAAUCCGAGUAAAACAUCUAUUGUUUUUUUUUUACGGAAAGGCGAAACCGUAAUGGCGUUCGACCUUUGCGUCUCUUUGAUUCUGAAAUCGAUGUGACUGAACAGGUAAAGUACGUUGGAGUCAUUCUUGAUUCCAAGCUUUCCUGGACACCUCACAUUGAGUUCAGAAUCAAGAAAGCUUGUAUGGCCUUCGGGCAAUGCCGGCGAACCUUUGGUACAACUUGGGGUCUAAAACCCAAGUAUAUCAAAUGGAUCUACACAACUGUUGUUCGGCCAAUAUUGGCUUAUGGAUGUCUUGUGUGGUGGCAAAAGGGCGAAAUGAGAAAGGAUGUGCUUAAUGGCGAUGUCUGGAGCGUUCUCUUCAACUCCCACGGCAGCGCUCGAAGUUCUCUUUGACGUUGCUCCACUACACAUUCAUCUCAAACAAGAAGCACUUUCUUGCACUUACCGUCCACGGGUACUCGGUCUACUAGAGGAAACUCCUGUGAACCGCACAUCAACACACACCUCGUUGUUUCCACUUUUGGUGAAUUGGGACAAAAUUGUCCUUGCUCCAAGUGUUCUUACAAUUGCUUGUAAUUUUCCAUAUCUGGAUAUCUGGAAAGAAGUAUUUCAGACGGCAUCGUAUGUUACACUGAUGGCUCCCUUCUCGAAGGUCGAGCAGGUGCUGGUUAUAGAUAGUAGAGUAAACAUAGAUCCGCGGACACCGCUGACUAAAAUGUUUCAAGCGUGUAAGCAGUAAUUUUCAAGAGUGUGACGGUUGAAUAUGACGUCAUGCGCUCCAUUGAUGUUGUCCAAAUCGUGACGUCAUGCUCGUUUGGAUACAGAUUUUGACAGUUCGUUUGGAUACAACGGAUUCAUCAACAUGGAUCUAUGUUUACUCUACUAUCUAUAGUGCUGGUGUUUACUCUCGUGAGCUAAGGCUGUAUCAGUCUUACUCACUUGGUAGACACUGCACCGUUUUUCAGGCCGAAAUCUUUGCUCUUAUGUGCGGAUUGCAAUCAGCACUUCAGCAGCACGUAAUGGGCAAAGUAAUAAACUUCUGUUCAGAUAGCCAGGCUGCUAUUAAAGCACUUGCUUCGGCCAACUCCAGGUCGAAGUUAGUUAUCGCUUGACGAACUCAAAUCGAGGAGCUGAAUUCAGCAAACGCUGUUAACCUUGUAUGGGUACCUGGCCAUUCUUCCAUCGCUGGAAAUGAAUUGGCUGAUGAGUUAGCUCGCACUGGAGCAUCACAUGACUUCAUUGGCCCUGAGCCAGCUAUUCCGAUAUCAAAGUGUUGGGUAAAGCUUCAGAUUCACACCUGGGCUGCUACUCAACACAGACAAUACUGGAAUAGUUUGGAGUCAUGUCGUCAAACCAAAUUUUAUUGUACUGAGCCAUCUCCAAGGGUGGCGAAGUAUCUUACAAAUCUGUCAAAGCAAAAUUGCAGCAUUCUGGUCGAAGCAUUGACUGGCCACUGCCGACUCAGCUAUCACAUGGUGAAUAUUCAGCAAGCUGAUUCAUUUACAUGUGAUAGCUGUGAAUCUGUAUAUGGAACUUCGUAUCAUUUGAUAUGUAACUGUCCAGUUUUUGCUCAACUGCGUUUCCGAGUAUUCGGUAAACACUUAUUAAGUGAAACUGACUUCAGAGACCUGAAUAUUCAGGAUAUUCUGUUGUUCUUAACCCGCUGUGGUCAAGAGCUAUAGGCUCUCUUUCGCUUUAUGCGUUAUUACAGUGCCCUUUCCAGGGUUUGAACCCAUUGUGGUACGCUUAUGCGUUAGUAUCCUCUUCCAGGGUACUUUUCCUAUUUCCCUACCUGUCCUUAUCCGCAUCCCUAUCCUUAUUUCCUUCCUUUUCCCUCAGGUAGAUGAUAGGGUUUUAGGUUAUUAUUUUGGCGAUGGCACAAAUGUCCCAAAUGGAGGAUAACGUGCCUCUGGAGCCGGCCUUCUGAUACCUGAUACCUCCCAGAUCCGGAUUACUAUUCGGUAAUGCAAGUGGACAACUUUUCCGGGCCCAUCUUGACAAGUUCAGCUCCGAUACUAUCCUUACCAGUUAACUUAUUGUUCUUGAGCUGUUGGAUAUCUUUCUUAACUUCCCUCAAAGUUCUCCCGCUGCCUUGAUUAUCCAUUUCUGCGCUUUCCGUACCAUUCAGGCGUUCGUCGUAGUGCUGCUUCCACCUUUCGAUCACCUCACGUCCGUCAGUCCCUUGCACAUUUCAGCUCGCAGCACGAAGCCUUUGCGGGGUGCGUUGAGCCUCAGGUAGACGGGUCUGCUGUUUCCGCUUUCUUUUAUAUCGCUCCACGUUCUGCCGGGUCCUGUGCUGCAGCAUGACCGUCCUCGCUGCGUUGUUCUUUGUCAAAAUCUCUACCGUGCCAACUCGGUAUUUAUAAUGAUACAUCAUUCAAAAAUUUUCAUAUACGCAGAACAUAAUCAUCUCAACAUAGAAACUGUGAAUUUAUUCAUGUCAUUAUAUGAAGCGACUUACUCAAACUGUACUUAGUAAAUAUAGUUUUGCAGUUUAGUAUUAUUAUUAUUUGAAUAGCUACUAUUUUUACAACUAAUAUAUCACGUCUAGAUUACCGAAAGUCCUCUAAAUAUUCAUCUUCAAAACCAAACAUCAAACAAACAAUUUUAAUCACCCACUGUUCAAACUGUUCCGCCCCUCCAU